UGCGCGAGGCAGAGCCGGGUGGCCGGACCGGGCCUGCUUUGCGGACACCGGACUCCCCUGCCCGGGACUGGGGCGGCCGGCUCCGUGGGCGCCAAGAGGACAGGGCGGGGCGGGGCGGACGGGCCCUGCGCCUCCGGCACGCCCCGGGGCCGGCUUCUCGGCUCCGUUGCCAGCGCUGGGCCUGUGGCCCUGCCUUGAUUCUGCUCCGGGUUGCUGGGGAGUCACACAAACAACGUCUGCAUGGCGAUUGGCAGGCGGCGGAGAGAGACCCAGGCUGACCCCAGAGCCGGAGCCUGCAGGGAGUGGCCGGGAAGAUGAGUAGGAUUUUCCCAAGCUAGGGAAAGCUGGCGGAGGAGGGCCCUGCUGGAGCGGCUUCCGGUUUGCAACAUGUUACUGUGACAACGGACCCAGCCUCCUGCUUCUAGUGGAAUGUGAUAAAGUGGUCCUAUGACUCUGGUCCUCCGUUCCAGCACACUGCAUUUCACCCCAGAUGGCAGAAUUUCCGUAGUAUAUUUGAGUCCCACAUCUUGGUGUCUUAUCCACUUCAGUCUCAGCUCCCUUGGCUAGAAAAUUUAAUGGGCUUUGCACAAAUUCCAAGCCGAACUGAAAUCCCGACUGCACUGUUACUAUCCUUUUCUUCUGGUUGUUACUAACAGGAAAUUCAAUGUCGUCAGAAGACCUGGAAGCCCAGGAGGAUGAACUACUGGCCCUGGCGAGUAUUUACGAUGCAGACGAGUUUAGAAAAGCAGAGUCUGUCCAAGGUGGAGAAACCAGGAUCUAUCUGGAUCUGCCGCAGAAUUUCAAGAUAUUUGUGAGCGGCAAUUCAAAUGAGUGUCUCCAGAAUAGUGGCUUUGAAUACACCAUUUGCUUUCUGCCACCACUUGUGCUGAACUUUGAACUGCCACCAGAUUAUCCAUCCUCCUCCCCACCUUCAUUCACACUUAGUGGCAAAUGGCUGUCACCAACUCAGCUCUCUGCUCUCUGCAAGCACCUAGACAACCUGUGGGAAGAACACCGAGGCAGUGUGGUGCUGUUCGCCUGGAUGCAGUUUCUUAAGGAGGAGACCCUCACCUACCUGAAUAUUGUCUCUCCUUUUGAGCUCAAGAUGGGGUCUCAGAAAAAAGCCCAGAGAAGGACGACGGCUCAGGCCUCUUCCAGCGCAGAGCUAGGUUUUGGAGGAGCUGCUGGAGCCGAUGUAGACCAAGAAGAAAUUGUGGAUGAGAGAGCUGUGCAGGAUGUAGAAUCAUUGUCAAGUCUGAUCCAGGAAAUCUUGGACUUCAAUCAAGCUCAGCAGAUGAAGAGCUUCAAUAGCAAAUUGUUCCUGUGCAGUAUCUGUUUCUGCGAGAAGCUGGGUAGUGAGUGCAUGUACUUCUUGGAGUGUAGACAUGUGUAUUGCAAAGCCUGUCUGAAGGACUACUUUGAAAUCCAGAUCAAGGAUGGCCAAGUUAAAUGCCUGAAUUGUCCAGAACCAAAGUGCUCUUCAGUGGCUACUCCUGGUCAGGUCAAAGAGCUGGUGGAAGCUGACUUAUUUGCCCGUUAUGACCGCCUCCUUCUCCAGUCUACCUUGGAUCUAAUGGCAGAUGUGGUCUACUGCCCCCGUCCAUGCUGCCAGCUCCCUGUGAUGCAGGAGCCUGGCGGCACCAUGGCUAUCUGCUCCAGCUGCAAUUUCGCCUUCUGUACCUUGUGCAGACUGACUUAUCAUGGGGUCUCUCCAUGUAAGGUAACUGCAGAGAAAUUAAUAGACUUACGAAAUGAAUACCUACAAGCAGAUGAAACUACUAAAAGGUUCUUGGAACAGAGGUAUGGCAAGAGGGUGAUUCAGAAGGCCCUGGAAGAGAUGGAAAGUAAAGACUGGCUGGAAAAGAACUCCAAGAGCUGCCCCUGCUGUGGGACGCCCAUACAGAAGCUGGACGGCUGUAACAAGAUGACCUGUACCGGCUGUAUGCAGUACUUCUGCUGGAUCUGCAUGGGUUCUCUCUCCAGAGCCAACCCUUACAAACACUUCACUGAUCCCGAGUCCCCAUGCUUUAACAGAUUGUUCCACGCUGUGGAUGUUAACGGGGACGUUUGGGAAGAUGAAAUUGAAGACUAGUUCAUUCCUCUGCUCAACAUACAGGAUGGAAUGUUUGCCCUAAUCUUCUGUCAAGUACACAAAGAAACCUCGCGAGAUAUUUAGGGUGCCAUAUAUUCACUCUUCCCGUGGAGAAGGAAGGACAGGGUUGAUAUUUUUCUUUGGUACUACUGAUUAAGGCACACACAUUUUUUUCCAUGUAACAUAAUUCUGAUAAAAUUAUAUGCCAAAGGUUCAGAAAUGCAAACUAUAGUAGAUUAAAUAUUAUAAUAUGCCCAAACUGUGGAUAGUUAUAAAGUGAAUAUUUAUUUUCUUCCCCAAGCUUUAUGUUAGGAGAGGGUCAAGAGUUAAACUUUGAGACUCUGUCCAGGAAGCUGACCUUGUUGGAGACCUCUCAGGACUCUCCUUUGUAGCUGGGGACAGUCCCAGCCCCGUGGACACUGAGAGCCUGAUCCACUGGCUACACUCUGCUUGCUCUUCCCUCAGUUCCCUGUGGAGGGCCUUCCACGCUGUGACCGACCAGACGUCCCAGUGUCCUUGUGACGCUCCACUUUCCAAAUAGAAAUUGACAAUAAAUUUUAAAAGACUUUAGUCCCACAA